CAUGGUGGAGUUGAUGGAUUCCACAAAGAAUCCUCCAGAGUCCAUGGUUCAACUCAUCUUCCCUGACAACAGCUUCUACUUUGAGCUGUUUCGGGCAACACCACCUGGAGAUCGAUAUGGAGAAGGAGGAUUCCUUAGGUUCAACAAAGUUAAAACGAAAUUCCCUAAGUAUUUUGGAAGCAUUCAUCCACUGCUACAUUACUCAGAGAAAUAUGAUUCAGUGGAGGCUAUCUCAAUAUUCAAAGGUGUCAUUAGGGUGAUGGCAGAGAAACUGCAAACAUUCAAUAGCAAAAGCGCGAGGACUUUCGAUAAAAACCUUGUUGUCUUUACUCAGACGCCAUUUUUCCUCUUCGGGGAAUGCCAAAGGUUCCUUGAAGCGGAAGAGUUUACUGUUGAGAACCUUGAUAGCAUGUUCCCAGUAUUCCUUACAGUAAGACAUGAGAACUUCAUACACAUCUGGUCGAGGCUGUCAAAGCUAGGUUUCGCUUUUAUCGUUGCUAUACUAGAGUUUGACAAGAACAUCCAUAACCGCCGAUUUAGCUUUGAAGAAGCUGUAAAACUACUGCGCGAAAUCUUGAAGGAUUACGAGGAAAACUGGAGCUGAACUUCCGUGCAGACGAUGGUCACUUCAGCCUGAGAAGGAUACUGGGGCACUACCUUAAACUACUGAAGUUUGAACAGGAGUAUGUGAUCAAGAUGAUCAUGAGAAGCCGCCAUGAUGUCUGGUCUUCUUAUCUUGAGCGCAGAUCCAAUGAGGAAGCCAGAAUGCAGCAAGAGAGGGAGACAGCUGCAUGGACCAAACCUGAGGAUGGAGAGAUCUGGAAGCACUGGACGGAAAUUCAGGCAAGAGGGGACAAAGUCAUGGACGUUCUGAUGAACUAACAUGCACCAAUGGAAAGUUCUCCCUACUUCAUCAUUUGGGAGGAGGUUCUUCUUUUGCCAAGUUGGCAUGAUCUGUAUUGUCUGUCUGCCGAUACACUGUGGCGGUGCUCAACUUUGCAUCCGUUUUGCUGAGCCUGUAGAAGUUCCCUUGGCUUAGAUGAUUGGCUACUUUAUGAGCAUUGCAUCUAUUUUUUUCUCCGAGGCAAACUUUGAUGAUGUUUCUCUUUGUAUAUUUAUAUACCUAGUGAGUGCAAGUAA